GAGAAUUCCCGCUUGGCCUCUCUGGGGCAUUUGGCGGGAGGGAAAAGGGAAGGAAGAAUGAGCUCGUCGGCUAUGGAGGAUGAGGCCCCUGACCUGGUCUGCCAACUUGAACACGUUCAAGGCUUGGUCGAUGCUCUCAGCGCCGUUCGUUGGAAACGCCACCAGGACGCGGUGGUAGAGUUGUCUGAGCACGGCAUCGUUUUGAUUGUGGAAGAAAGCGGUUGUCUUCAGGCCAAGGUUUAUCUCAAACGCGAGCUAUUCGCUCGUUAUGAUUACAACGCACAGGGACGGCCUCGUUUUGGAGUAAGCUUGGGCCUUCUAGUGGAUUGUUUAAACGCAUUCUCGGUUCCUGGUCAGUCAAGCAUGAUUGAAAUUCAGUACCCUGGUCCUGACAUGCAGGUUCUUCUGAAGAAAGUUGAUUCGGAGGUUGCUAGCAUUUAUGCAGAGAUCAGGACAAGGAUUCCUGACACAAUGCCAUGGGACUACAACUUUGAACCGGCUGGAACAAAUCCUCUAACGUUUACUGUUAAGUCUGCAGCACUGAAGGAAGCUAUUGAGGAUCUAGAAUGGCCUGGAUCAAGCAUCCAGAUCAUUCUACAGCCAGUUCCCCCUUCUGUAACCUUGAAAGGUGAAGGCCAUGGAGACUUGCAGAUAGACCUUAUGUAUUAUGCAAAUACUGAUCUCUUGGCAGCAUUUCAGUGUGAUCACCGGGUUUCUUACAACAGGUACAAAUACAAGUUCCUCAGAGCGACAACAACAAACAUACCAAGCAGUGUUAUCAAGGAAAACAGAGGAAGCAAGCUAACCGUUGGGAGAGGUGGACUUUUGAAAGUUCAGCAUCUGGUUUCGAUUGGCAAAUUGCCUUCCUCACAUGCAUAUGUAGAUUCUGUGGGUUACCAGCAGCCGGGCCGUAUAGCUUAUAUUGAAUUUUUUGUGAAACCAGAGGAAAUCGAAGAUUCGGAAUAAUUAUUAGACAGUUUUUGGAAUAUUACUGCUGCCAGGCUUUGCAGUGUACCUUGACUUUUUUAAUGAAUCGCUGUUGAAAUCAAGUACAGGAGUAAUUAAGGUUUUUCUUUUUAGUUUUACUAUGUAAACCAUAAAUUUCUAGUACAGGAAAAUGUUCCUUUUCCCCUUCUA